AACACUGUGUAGAAACAAUAUAUAUAUAUAUAUAUAAUACACAAUAUGUAUAUAGAUAUGUUGUAUAUAAAUAGUACUGCAGCAAUAUUAAAUCCAUUCAUUAUAUUUCGAUUUAAUUAAUUUAUGUUCAACUGUUAUCAGUAAAUUAAGACAUUUAUCAGAAUCACUCUUUAAAAAUGAAAAACAAACUUCAGAUAUUUAAAUAUUAAGUUAUAGAUUAUAAUUUUAUAUUAUACAUUAUAUUUUAUAAUAUUAUAUAAAAUACUUUGAAGAUGAAUUAGGUCAUUGUUAUUAAUUGUUCCGUUUGGAAUGUUUUUUAUUUAUUUACUUUCAUUUUUCAAACCAGGGGCCUCAGAUUGCAUACGUCACAGGAAGCCACAGAUAGACUUUUCAAAAUAAACGCACACUUCUUUUCUUCAGCAGUAAAGUAGCAGAGCUCGAGGAGAAGAAGAUGAAGAGAAGAGAGUGAGAUGUAUUAAUAUUUGAAUGCGAUGAAGACUAACAUCAGAGAGAUUAUCUAACUAUCAAGUAUUAAGUUAAUAAUGUGCUUUUGUUUUGAAAGAGGCAUCUCAUCUGUUUCCGGUUUCUCUGGAGUUUUGAUGGUUUUUGACCGGAAGAUGACGUCAGCCUCGUUUUCACUUUCCGGUCGUCGAGGAAACGGUGAGGCAACGCAGUGAUGACGUCAUCAGGAGUGUCAUCAGGAGUGUCUGAUUAUCGAUCCACAGAAUGUGGCUGAAGAUCAAAGGAGCGACAAAUAAAUAUAUAAUAUAUAAAGAAUAAACAUAAAUACACUGAUACAGAUACACGUCAUCAAUUGAUUCAUAAAUGGAUCAAGAGAUCAAUAACACAAAAUAAUCUGAUUUUAAAAAACGAUAAAAAAAAGUUCAUAAAACGAAGUUAAAUUCGUGAUGAAUGAAUUUCCGGUGAGGAAACCUUUGCCUGACGGACAUGUCGUCACUUCCGUCUGCAUCCUCAUUGGUUACAGCAGCAAGGCCCCCCCGGAAGCGCGGCAAACAUUUGUUUGUUCGUUCGAAGAAGAAGAAGAAGAAUGUGUGAUGGAGGUCGACGUCCUGGAGUUCAAAGUCCCGGUCCAGAACAACAAGACGCUGUUCGUGUGGGACAUCCAGCCAUCUCACACCCAGGAUCAGGUCUACGUCCGGUUGCUCGAUGUCUUCUCGUCCUUCGGUCCUCUCUACCUGCUCAAGGUGAGUCCCAACUCUGCUCCCAACCCGCCGGGGUUCUACGCCCUCAUCAAGUUCUACUCCACUGCUCAGGCCUCAAAGGCACUACGGCAGACUGACGGACAGACGCUGUUCCAGAACUCUCCACUCAAGGUGAGACUGAGCUCCAGACAGACUCCUCACUUCCUGUCUGACAGCAGCAGACCUCUGAGCCACGCCCGCUGCCUGGAACUGGCCAAUCACUGCUUGGGAUUCAACGGCUGGACCUCUGACAUCAUCACGCUGAAGGAGCUCACCAACGAAGAAGAAAAAGAAAGAGGAGAAGAGGAUGAUGAAGGUGGAGGAAGAUGGAGGAGGCUGAAGUUUGGCUGUGUGCUGCAGCUCUCCUUCCCUCAUCACGGACAGACGACCAGAGCAGCAGCAGUGGUGGAGGACAGCUUCACCUGCUCGGGUGAGGACGGCUUCACAUUACAUCACAGUCAUUCAGCAGAUGCUGUCAUCCAACGAGACUUACAAUAAGUGUGUUCAAGAGAACUACUAGUCACCAGAAGUCAUGAGUGCAUCUCCUUUAU